UCGUCUCGUUUGAUGCCUUUUUUUUCCGGGGAAGCACGAUUUGUUUAUCAAAGUCCGUAGGAGAGAUAAGGCGACGAGACGUCACGUGACGUCUGGAGAGUGCACAAGCGUUGGAAAUUAAUUCGUCGCGGAAAUCGAAGUGAUAAAUGGCAAAAAGUUAAUUGCCAAGUCGUUAAACAAUUGAUGAACCGGUUAUUGCACAUGGAACGGGUGUAUGAAUUGUAUUUGUGUUAAUAAUUCGUAAUAUGAAGGACAACAACGAGUUUGCGAGGAGUGAAUUGUUCAUUUUUGAAGCCGAGUGUUUUUGGAAUAUUUUGAACUUAUACAUUGCUGGCAUGUAUAAUACUUAUCUGUGUUGAAAGCGACGCUAGCAGAUCGAGAAAGUGUUCGACGGAUGAGAGUGCUCUAGCAGUGAAACGGUUCAAGUACUGCGACAUUAUAAUGUUCUGUUGGGGCAGCACUAUUCACGGGGAGCUGGGCUUGGGCGGUAUCGAGGAUGAGAACAUCUUCAUACCGCGGGAAGUGGAUUUUGCAGAAGCGCACAAUGUCAUUGACAUUGCAUGCGGAGAAAAUUAUACUGUAAUUGUAACGAAGGAUGGCCAAGUGUACUCUUGCGGUAACAACGACUACGGUCAGCUCGGCCACGAGAAGGCGAGGAAAAGGUUACAAUUGAUACCUGGCCUAGACGCAUUUGUAUUUAGAAAAAUAUCGUGUGGCAAUUGUCAUACUCUGGCUGUGAAUGAGUGGGGACAACUUUUCAGUUGGGGUUCUAAUAUGAAAGGUCAACUAGGAUUAAAUAGCGUCGAUUGUACAGAGCGUAUACCACGCAUGAUAAAAGUAUUGGGCACAAAUGUAAUAGUGCAAAUCGCAUGUGGUGUGGAGCAUUCGAUCGCUCUGACGAAUGACGGAGAGCUGUACGCCUGGGGUAGUAACAGAGAGGGACAAUUAGGAUUAGGGAGCCACACGAAUACCGAAAUAAAGCCGAAAAGGAUUUCCAGCUUAGCUGCUGUGCCAAUUGCAUUUAUCGCGUGCGGCGGUUAUCACACUGUAGUCAUAUCGAAAUCGGGAGCCGUAUUCGCGUGGGGGAGAAACACCUUCGGACAAUUGGGACUGAAUGACACACAGCAGAGGGGUUUACCGUGCCAGUUGCGCACUCUGAGAAACUCGAAAGUGUGCUACGCGGCCUGCGGGGAGGAGUUUUCAGCGUUCUUGACCCUGGACGGGGGAGUGUUUACAUGUGGUGCUGGAAUGUACGGUCAAUUAGGACAUGGCAAUAAUACAAAUGAGAUCUUGCCGCGACAGAUUAUGGAGCUGAUGGGUAGCACGGUGACACAAAUAUCUUGCGGUAAGAGGCACACGUUGGCCUUAGUGCCGUCUAGAGGGAAAGUUUACGCAUGGGGUUUGGGAGGCGCUGGACAAUUGGGCAAUCGUUCUUCGCGGAGUGCUACAACGCCACAAGUCGUUUUAGGGCCAUGGUCUUCACCGAGCGGAUCGUCGAUGAUAAUCGAUCUGCACUAUAGUCCCCAAAUCGAUUGUGUUGUUAAGCAUAUCUUUAGCGGAGGCGAUCAUUGCUUUGCUACAAUCAGUCAGAAAAAAGAUAAUGUAGAACCAGAUGACAGUAGAAUGUCAAGGUCGACUUGCCAAAUUCUUACAGUGACAGAGGAAAGGCUGGCCGACUGUCAGAAGAUUCCACCAGGUUCGCCGGUUAAUCAUGAAUUGAUGACGUAUAUAGAAACUGUGUUCAAAAGUCAAGCGUGUAUAAAUGCGUCCUUUUUACUCAGUAAUGACGAGCAUUAUGGAUGUUCGAGCAAGCAUCACGGGGUCAAUCUCGAUUACGCGAUCAAAUUGUUUGGAAUUAUCGCAGAAUUGGACAACAACACGAUUCAAGAAUUGAUUUUCACAUGCGUAACUGAUAGCCUGAUACCGUCGUUUGUCGAAUCUCCGCCCGAUGUGGAGUCUUUAAGAGUGUACUUAACGCUACCGCUAUAUCAUCGCUUCGCGAAUCUGUCCAACUACAGCUCUCUGCAAACGCCGUUCUGUAAGGCAGUGUUAAGACUGAAGGCUGAAGCUUCCAAAGUCGUAGGCACAUGGUGGAUGAAAACCCCGCCGUACUACUUCGACAGACUCGUGAGACUGUACAAGUCUGUGGUGAUGCACUUUGUGAAACAGUCGACGGCGGACAAGGCCAUCGUGUGGACUGAAAGCCUAUCAUGUGCUUUAGAAAUGUUAGGGCUAUUGUAUAAAUUAAAUAUCAUGGCCCAUAUAAGAGUGCCCUAUGAAACCUUCUACUUGCCGGAAUUAUUGGAAUAUUUAGACAUUCCCCGUGAAUAUUUGAAAUGGAUGACAGAAGACGAUCGGUCUUUUUACCGUAAAAUAUACUUCUGCAAUUAUCCUUUCCUGUUCAAUGCCGAGGCGAAAACCAUAUUGCUCGAAACCGAUCAAUCUAUACAGAUGCGAACCGCGAUGAAUGAAGCGGCGUCGCGGGUUGUGAGAGAUUUGGUGUUCGGUACACCUAGCCUAAACUUCGACCAGUACAAUCAAUUUGUAGUAUUACACGUGUCACGGAAUAACAUAGUCAACGACACUCUGGAUCAGCUGUUUAAGUACGAUCCUAAGGACUUAAAGAGACCACUUAGAGUUAAAUUCCGCGACGAAGAGGCUGAAGACGUAGGUGGCGUGAGAAAAGAAUUCUUCAUGCUUCUCUUCGCAGAGAUUCUCGAUUUUAAGUACGGUAUGUUUAAAGAAUACGAGGAGACGAGGACAAUCUGGUUUAGCUCGGACACGUUAGAGGAGGAAAUUAUGUAUUUUCUAAUCGGCCUUCUUUGUGGCUUGGCGAUAUAUAACUUCGUAAUUAUCAACUUACCAUUUCCGUUGGUUUUAUACAAGAAACUUUUGGGAGAAUCGGUCGGGGGGAAUGAUAUCAAGGGAAUGUCACCGACAAUAGCUAGAAGUUUAGAAAGUAUUCUCGAAUACAACGAAUCGGACUUCGAGGAAGUGUUCAACUUGAACUUCGAGAUAAGCAGGGAAGUGUUCGGCGAGCUGAAGAGCUUUCAAUUGAUACCCGGCGGUGAUAAAGUUCCUGUAACGUUAAGAAAUAAGCAACAAUACGUCGACCUUUACGUGGAUUAUAUAUUGAACAAAUCGGUGGAAGUGCAGUUCAAGGCGUUUCACAAAGGUUUUCACGACGUGUGCGGCGGUAGGGUGCUGGAGCUGUUUCGUAGCCACGAACUGAUGUCACUUCUGAUCGGCAACGAGAACUACGAUUGGGAGGAGUUGGAGAGGAACGCCAGUUACAAGAACGGCUACAGCAAAAACGAUCCCACCAUCGUGCUUUUCUGGCAGGUCUUUCACGAAUUGCCGUUGGAGGAGAAGAAGAAAUUUCUACUUUUCUUAACGGGCAGCGACAGAAUACCCAUACAGGGCAUGAAGGCUAUAAAAAUAACGAUACAGCCGAUGACCGACGAACGUUUUCUACCGGCUGCCCAUACGUGCUUCAACCUGCUCGAUCUGCCGCGUUAUCAGACUCGCGAGAGAUUGAAAUACAAAUUGCUCCAAGCUGUCCAACACAAUCAAGGAUUCUCGCUUGUGUGAGAAGCGCAAACGCGCCCCUUCUCAUGGCUUGUAAUGUACGAUAGUUUUAUUUGCAUACGAAUCUGUCAUAAAUUUAACGAAGACACAGAAUAUCGGCGGGGAAAAAGAAUUAGCAAGUUCCUUACAAAUUACGUUAACAUCGCGCACAACAGAUCCGCGCGUAAAUCUCCGACUUCGACUUUUCUAGUCCACCAAAUCAUCAAGAAAUGAGUUCAUAUUGUUACCUGAUACGAUUACUGCCUAAACGAGCAAUAAUUGAUUACAUAAUAUAAUGUAUAAAUCAACAAUGAAUCGAAAAGGAAAUAUAGAAAUUGAAUAGUCUUCUAUUGUGAUGAUACUUUGUGAAUGAAUUUUGAAGCAAACGCGAAAAGUACACCUGAAUUUUGGGCUUUUUAAAAAUAAAAAUCUCGCACUACUGAUUCACAUUAAACCGAUUACGAUACUCGUUUUUAUUAUAUCAAUUUGAUAAUAAUAUUGAUGUUAAUUGAUACAUAUAUUGAAUGAUAAUCGUCAAUCAAUGUAAUAUUGAUAUUAUGUUGAUUGAUAGAUAUCAAUUAGUAUAAUGUCAAUUGAUAGAUAUAAUCAUAUAAUCUUCAAUUAAUAUUCAUAAUCAUAAAAGUUUGCAAACGAAAUUCAUUAAUUUUUAUGCAGUAAAUACAUAGAUUAAUUGUAGAUUAUAUUGUUGUUUAUAUGGAAAUCUAUCGAUAUUUAUUACGAAGCAAUACUAAUAUAUGACACGUGCUAGAAAGUCAUUGGUUGAUCGUGAGGAGAGAAAUGCGUGGUGUUAAUUUAUAAGUGUACAAGAGAGAGGAUGAUACUCAGAGAAAGCUGUUCUAGUUUAAUAGGAACCUUUUCACGCGACAAAGCAGACAAAUUCCAUAACUUUUUAAGAAGCGUAUUCACAAUAUUUUAAACACGUUGUUAAUUUGAGAGUAUAUUUUUGGGCUUGCCAUAUGCGUAAGGAUUUAAGAUGUAUUAUUGAAAUGAUUAUACAUAUAUACACAUUGUAUAUGUGUAUGUAUGUAUCAAACUAGCGUAGUAAUUUCACAUGACACAUGACAUUAGCGGUAAAAUAGCAUCGCUGAAAACACAAUUUUUGUUUUAAAUAAUAAAUAAAAUAUUUUUAGGUUUUUAUUGAGACAUACUUUUUUUUUGAUGGGAGUAAUUUAGACAGCUCGAAAAUUGCACUUUCGAGCCACGGUCUCUCGCGAAACUUGGUAUAAGAAAUAUUUUGUAAAUUGUUACUUAAAUACGUGUCUUGUAUUAAACAAGCUGGAAAGCAAAGCUGGAAAGCAAAGCUGGAAAGCAAAAAUCGGAGAAAAAAAAAUAAAGAUCAUUAUCUACCUCUUGUAUGCCAAAUUUCAUUAUUAGAAAUUUAGAUAUGCGCACAUAUGUUACAUUCUUAGGUAUAGUUUGUAAUGAUUACCGGGGCAAAACGUUUAGCAUAAAUUGUAAUAUUUAUUUAUUUAUUCACAUCGAUAUGUUACAUUAUUAAAAAUUAUUCGUCGGUUAGUUGUAACGGGCAGACCGUCGCCAAGUCGCAUUAUCGAAAUUCGUCGCCUCUCAGUGAUUCGAUACAUCACUCUCUCCCCGAAUACA